UCCCCCCUCCUCCCUCCAUCUCCUCUCUCUGCUCUCGUCAGGCGGCAGGAUGGACGUCGUAAAUCAGCUGGUGGCCCAGGGUCAGUUCAGGGUGCUGAAGGUUCCUCUGGGCUUCAUUAAGGCCUUACAAUGGUUCUUCGCCAUCUUUGCCUUCUCCACCUGUGGUAGUUAUUCUGGGAUGUUCAAGAUGGCGGUGGAUUGUAAGAACCGGACAUACAGCGACCUGAGAAUAGAGGUGGAGUUUGAGUAUCCGUUCAGACUCCACCAGGUGUAUUUUGACGCCCCCACCUGUAAGGACGCAGACAAAGAGCGUGUUUUCCUUGUUGGCGACUACUCCUCCUCGGCCGAGUUCUUUGUCACCAUCGGCGUCUUCGCCUUCCUCUACUCCACGGCGGCUCUCAGUAUCUACAUCUUCUUCUUCGACAAGUACAAGGAGAACAACAAGGGCCCACUGAUCGACCUGGGUGUGACCGCGGUGUUUGCCUUCAUGUGGCUGGUGAGUUCAGCGGCUUGGGCCAAAGGUCUGUCUGACGUGAAGACGGCGACUGACCCAGAUGAAGUGAUCACUAUGAUUGCCGCCUGCAAAUCUGAAGGGAACCAAUGUCGUGAAGUCCACGACCCGGUCAUGUCUGGACUCAACACCUCCGUGGCCUUCGGCUUCAUUAACCUAGUCCUGUGGGUGGGGAACCUCUGGUUCGUCUUUAAGGAGACGGGCAUCAUCGCUCCCUUCAUGCGAGCUCCGCCUCCUCAGGAGAAACCUGCUGCACCAGAUGCUUAUGGCCAGCAGGGGGCGUAUGAACAAGACCCGUAUGCCAGCAACCAGGGAGGCUACCAACCCGAGUACAGCCAGCAGGGAUACAACCAGGAUGCAGAGUACGGUCAGGGUUACGGCCAGCAGGGGGCGCCCACCUCCUUCUCCAAUCAGAUGUGAACUGACAGGAAGCAGAAAACAUCGGAGUGAACCAAGAGUGGGUCGCCUGCAACCUACCCACAAUGCAACACUCCUGUCUGCCUGUCUGCAGUUAAUGGGCGGGGGGUGGGGGGUGAGGGUUAGAUGUUAACUAUUAUGAAUUGAUGUGUAAAUGCUAAAAAAAGAGAGAUAUAAAUAACAAAUCUACAACUUGAACAAAGAACCAAAACAACAAGAACAACAACAGCAGCAGUGGCGGCGGCGGCGGUGCUGAUGAAACAAGUGACGAUGUUGAUCAGAGUUCUUCAUAUUAAUCUGUGGACAGAAUGUUUGUGUUGUAUAGAUAUCACUCUGAACAGAUAUAUUGGCUGAAAAUGUUCUUCAUGUUUCUGCCCCGCCCCCUCGUUGUAUGCCCCGCCCCCAGGAUCAACACAUCUGAUUCAUAGGAAGCCGUUCAGACUGGAUUCACACUCAGACCAAUCAGAACCAGAACCAGAUCAAACUGGAUCCAAACCAACUUUCCUGUGUCCGCCGACAUCACCUCCCAGCUGUUUGCUGUUUGUCUUGCUGCAUGUAAAUAUCAACACAGGAAGUGAUGUCACUCUGAGUGAACCCAGUCUGGACUCCAGCUUCAUGGACCAGACAGGCAUCCUGUCACUGCCGAGGCCACGCCCCCUUCUGAGGAAAAUAAAACCUGCUGUCACAUCAGGACAGAAACAGGAAGAUGAUCUGAAUUUAUAACUUCAACACUCACUGUCAGCGUGAAGAAAUGUCGGGGGUCAGAAGGUUGCAGACAAACAUUUAUUUUAAAAAAUUAAUGCACACAAAAUGAAAAUCCACAUAUGUCCAAUAUCACCGAUCUCUAUCUGGAGGAUCAUUUUCUAUCCAACAGAAGGGGGCGUGGCCUCGACAUUCAGAGUGGGUCUGGUCCAUAGAUGCAGAAACAUAGACGCCUUAAUGGCCACUACAUAGUACGUCAGUGGUGCCGCCAUAUUGGAGCGGUCAAGACUUCCUGUAAACAAAUUCAAGUAAACAGGAGCUGCAGUUUUUCUAUAACUGAAAUGAACCGAUGUUAUAUCCAUGGCUUUAUGAUCUACGUGUAGUGGAGAAAAAAAGUUUUGUCUCCAGUUAAUUAGAAUCUUGGGAGUUGGAUGACCUCACCAAUCAAAUGGCUGCAUGCUGCAUCUGCUUCGACCACCCCUGAUAGAAAUCUAUAUCCUGCCUUUAUGCUUUAACCCCAAGAAAAAGUAAAAUGGUGUAAAACUGGGUCAGAAUGAGCAGCAAGUCCAGAAACAAGAACAACUGCAGCAAAACUUGGCAGGAUGAAAUGGAGAAAGCAAGUUUUAGGCUAACAUCACAUCAUCAGCGAAAAAGCUAAUGCUAGCUCAACAGUUUAGCCUGGUCAAGACUUUGCAGAUGUAAUUCUGACAGACAUAAGACACUUCAGGAACAAGGAGAAAGAUGGCUGCCAGAGGACGCAGUUAAUUAAAAUCUUGAUAUUUGGUGUAUCAUCACUUCUGGACGCUCAGCAGAGGAGUGUGUGUUAGACUGACAUGAACUGAAUUAUAAACAUGGUGGAAAAUAAUUUAUUGUCAUGAGGAAUUGUAAAAUCUCAUGUCAAACAUGGAUUUGGAUUAUUUUCCUUGCUUAAAUACUUGUGGAGAUGCCUCCAUAUAUAAUUUAAUGUGGAAGUAGCCAACUUUUUAGUGCGCUAACUAGCUAACACUGUCUGUUUAUUAACUCCUUGACCAUAAAAUAAUACAGUAACUUUAAUAACUGCUCAUUUUAGAAAGGACACCACAAGAAAACAUGUUCUUUGUUUAUGUUGUAUAAUGUCUGGUUAUAUUGGCUCCUGUCUGCAUCCAGACACAGGAACGUGAGAAGCUUGCUAACAUAGUGCAUUAGCUAUGUUAGCGCGCUAGCUAUGUUAGCUAUAGCUGAUCACUGGCAGCCAGAAACAAACAUCUGUGAUCCAUCGUCCAGUUGAUAACCUAAAUAAAGAACAUGUUUUCAUGUGGUGUCCUUUCUAAAAUGAGCAGUGGUGAAAGUUACUUUAUUAUGUUGUGAUCAAGGAGUUGGUGAUAAGCAGACAGUGUUAGCUAGCUAGCUAGCAUGGCAGCUAGCUGAGAAGUUGUCUACUUCUACAUUAAAUUAUAUUAUAUGGAAAAGUCUCCAUAUGUACUAACCAAGGAAAAUAAACCAAAUUCAUGCUUGACAAAAGCAGGAUUUUAUAAUUCCUCACAACAAUGAAUUAUUUUCAGUGGCGUAAAGAAGUUCCAACCGGCCCAGUGCACGCCAUUGUGCAAGUAUUGUCUUGACAAAAAUAGAGACUCAACAUUGGGCAACAUAAACACACAUAUUACCCGGCAAUCACCACUGCAUAUCUGACAAAAAUAACAAAGAAAGUAAGAAAUUAAAACAAAAGGAAAGAGAGAACCAUGACAGAUGGUUUUGCCUUUUGAGGACAUUUAUAGCAAACAACACCAUUUUUAAAUGAAUAAUAUUGUGUUUGUUAUCAUUUAACUUUGAACACAGGUAUAUUUCCAAGGUAGUAAUCUGAAUCACUCACAAGGGCCCGCUCUCUCUACGGGCCCCUCCACCCCAGGGGCCCCAGUGCACUCACACUGCCUGCACUGUCUUUAUUUAUGCCCCUGAUUAUUUUACACCAUGUAAAUAAUUCAGUUCCUGUCAGUCUAACACUUUACUGAGCGUCCAGCAGUGAUUAGAGACUAAAUGUCCAGAUUCUUAUUAACUGGAGACAAAACCUUUCUUCUACUGCGCAUAAAUCAUAAACCAUCAAAUAUUAAAAACAAGUCAUUUCAGUUGGUUGAGAAAUAUAAACUGCUGAGGAGAGGACGGUCACGUGUGUGUUGUACGAGCUCAUUUAUCAUCGUCAUGGUGACAACGACAAACUGCAGCUCCUCUGUUUACUGUCUCUUGUUUAUUGUGCUCUCUCCAAUAUGGCGGUGCCGCUGACGUAUCACAGCAACAGGCUGACACAGUCAGUGCGGCGUCUACAUAUUUAUGUCUCUGGUCUGGUCUCUACGGUGACGGCUUCUGGUCAUUACAGUCUGUGUGUUUGAUUGACGGGCUCAGCUGUGUGUCACAUUCCUGCAGCUGCUCUCAGAUCAGAGACAAACGUCCGUCUGAAGAUUAUUUAUUAUAAUUAUUAAUAUUAUAAUUAGUUGUGGUAAUCUGAGCUGAAGCAGACGUCGCUCUCCGGCUGCUGUGUUUAUAAAGCAUGAAUGUGACCAUCUGGAGUCUUCGCCACAUCCAUUUUGUUGCUGGUUGCUUAGCAACUGUGUUCUCCUAAGUUCAGACAGAGUGGUGAAAUGCUGCAUCGAAGCUGUUGUGUUGUUUACGUGGAUUUUAAAAAGAAUCUGUGGUUAGCGUAGCAUGUUAGCUUCAGACAGAUUUAAUCACAUUUAGGAAAAAAUGAAUUAAACAAAAAUCUCCUGUAGUUUGUGUCAGUACUCGGAUACUUUACUGCAGUAAAAGUACUAAUACCAGUGUGUAGAAAUGAUCUGCUACAAGUAAAGUCCUGCAUUGAAAAUCUUAAGUACAGAAGUAUCAGCAUCAAAAUAUAAAGUACCAAAAGAAAAAGUACUCUGCAGAAUAAUAAUAUAUUAUUGUACUAAAAUUAUUGAUGCAUUAAUGCACUGAUCAGUUUGCAGCUGACUUACUAUACUGCGGGGUAGUUUUAUCUUUAAUAAUACUUCAUCGAUUAUUGAUAUAUUUUGUAUCAAUAAUCUUAAUCAGAGUGCAGUUAGCUCAGGACGGUACUGCAGUGAAGCAGUUGAGUAAAUUCUUGUGUUUGAGUUUUAAUCUUCAGACAGACGUUUGUGUUUAUUUGUCUUCUCCUCGGCUCUCAGCCAAUCAGCAGCAGCCGUGAGUCUUUCUGGAAAAAAAAACAAACCUUGAUGCUUCUUUGUUUUUUGUUUUUUUGUUUGUUUUGUUUUUUUUAAAGUGAAGCCGUUUAUAGCGUCGGUAUCUUCCUCCGCAUGGUGACGUGUUUCCUGCUCGUGUUGUGCAGUAACUGAUGAUCAGUGUGAUUCUACUUCCUGCUCUCUUGUACAGGUGUGCAUGUGUGCGUGUGUGUGUGCGCGCGUGUGUAUGUGUGUGUAUGUGUGUCAUUACCUGUCCAUUCUUCAUCUUUAUUUUUUCUCCUCCAUCUUUUCUUUAUUCUUUCACUUUUCUUUCUUGACCUCCUGCCCUCUAUUUCUUUUCUUUCCUCUCCUUUUUCUCCUCCUCCUCUCCUUUCAUCCCCCCCCCCCGUCGUUCUUCUUCGUGACUCUCCCCUCUGCCUCUGUGAUGUAACUUCCUGUGUGAUGACUAUCUAUUCAGCAUCAGUAACCAUGGCGACAGUGUUGACAGUGACGAUGAUGAUGUGUGUGUGACUUGUUGCUAUGGAGACGCCCCUCCCCCCUGCUGUGUUUAUUCAAUGGAAAGUUUCAAUAAACUACAAACUCGUCCGAG